GGCGAGGAUGAUGGCGGCGCGUGGUGGUGGCGGCGGCGGCGGCGGCGCGGAGCCCGGCCAGGCGCCCGGCGCGGAGCCGCUGUCCCGCGAGGAGAAGCUGCAGCUCCGCAAGGAGAAGAAGCAGCAGAAGAAGAAGCGGCGCGACGCGGAGAAGGACAAGGAGCCGCUCCCCGAGGCGCCUGCACGCGCCGGCACCGGGCCCGGGCCGCCGCCAUCGCCAGGGCCGGAGCCUUCCAAGCCCGAGGAGCGCAGGCCGUCAUGCGGCGGCGGCGGCGAACGCGGCGCGGGGCCGGGCAAAAGCAAGGCCGAGCUGCGGGCGGAGCGCCGGGCCAAGCAGGAGGCCGACCGGGCGCAGAAGCAAAGCCGGAGGGGCGAGCAGGGCCAGGCCCCGGCCUUACCGGCCAAGCCCCGCCCGGCGGCCGGGGAGGCCCAAACAGUGGUGAAGCGGCUGCCGGAGCACGUGCAGGUGGAUGAUCCCGCCGCCCAGAAGAAGCUGGCCAAGAAGCUGGAGCGCCAGCAGGUGCCUCUGAGGCCAGAUUAUGGCGCCAAAGUCAGCCUCUUCUCCCACCUGCAUCAGUACAGUCGCAAAGAAUUGCUGACACAGCAAAUGAGCAUCCCGGCGUCCGCCAUCCACCCCGCAGUGGUGCGGCUCGGUCUCCAGUAUUCCCAGGGCAUCGUCAACGGCUCCAAUGCCCGCUGCAUUGCGCUCCUGAGGGUCUUCAAACAGGUGAUCGGGGACUACAGCACCCCAGCCAACGAGGAGCUCUCCCGGGACCUGGUGAACAAGCUCAAGCCCUACAUCAGCUUCCUGAACCAGUGCCGGCCCCUCUCCGCCAGUAUGGGCAACGCGAUCAAGUUCCUCAAGAAGGAGAUCUCGGCCCUGCCUGGCUCCAUGCGAGAGGAAAAGGCCAAGGCGGCCCUUCAGGAUGCCAUCGACAAGUACGAGCGGGAGAAGAUCAUCCUGGCAGCCAAGGCCAUCUCCAAGUUUGCCUUCGAGAAGAUCAGCAAUGGAGACGUCAUCCUGGUCUACGGAUGCUCGUCCCUGGUGAGCCAGACGCUCUGCGACGCUCACGGCAAGGACCGUGCUUUCCGGGUGGUGGUGGUGGACAGCCAGCCACGGCUGGAGGGCCGGGAGACGCUGCGACGCCUGGUGAAGCAGGGUGUUCGCUGCAGCUACGUGCUCAUCAACGCCAUCUCUUACGUCUUGCCAGAGGUCUCCAAGGUGCUGCUCGGAGCUCAUGCACUGUUGGCUAACGGCUCCGUAAUGUCCCGGAUGGGCACCUCCCAAAUCGCGCUGCUUUCCAAGGCCCACAACGUGCCGGUCCUGGUCUGCUGCGAGACCUACAAGUUCUGCGAGCGGGUCCAGACGGACUCCUUCGUCUCCAAUGAGCUCGAUGACCCCGAUGACCUGAUUGGGUCGAAGCCAGGGAGGAGCCCGCUGGCCGGCUGGCAGGAGAGCAAGUCGCUGCGCCUCCUCAACCUUGUGUAUGACGUGACGCCCCUGGAACUGGUGGAUCUGGUGAUCACAGACUUGGGGAUGAUCCCGUGCACCUCCGUCCCCGUUGUGCUGCGUGUCAAGAACGUGGAGCAGUAAUGUGGGCGAGAGGGGAGCGAAUAAACCUGCGUGUGCCCUGC